AGAUUGUGAGGACCUGCGUUGUGACACUCAAGACUCUUUUCUCUAGUGUUGGAUUUGUAUUACGCACCAGCACCAUGUGUAAAGGUCUCGCUGCCCUCCCAGCAACAUGCUUGAAAAGCGCCAAAGACAUAAAGCAUAAGAUUGGCUUCCUGCUUCAAAAGCCAGAUCCACCUCAAGAGCAGAAGUCUCUGAAGGAGAAGGAGAAGAAGAAAGAGAAGGAGAAAGAGAAGGUCACUGUGGUAAACAGAGUCCCUCUUGCUGAAAUUGAGAAAUGGAAAACAUCAUUUAACAACCUGAUCAAAAAUGAAGAUGGUCGAAAGGCUUUCACUUCCUUUUUACAGUCUGAGUACAGUCAAGAGAACAUUGAAUUCUGGGAAGCCUGUGAGGAUUUCAUGCAGACAUCAGUGGACAAGAUGAAUGUGAACGCUAUAAAGAUAUUUGAGCGAUACGUUGAAGCCGAUUCCCCUAGCGAGGUGAAUUUGGAUUCGGCCACUAGAGAACUCACUAGAAAGAAUCUGGAAAGGUGUGACGCAUCCUGUUUUGAGGAGGCUCAGAGUAAAAUCUUCACGCUCAUGGAAAAGGACUCGUACAGGCGCUUCCUGAAAUCCAAACUGUUCCUGGAACUGUCUCAACCACCGUUGGACAACAAACCCUGUUGUUUAGAGAAGAAAGGAAAACGUCACGUUUCUGAGUGCUUGCCUAGUUAUGCCUAGCCAAAUCAUCUCCUCAUGGAUGAACUAAGAAUAUGAGGAACUUUGUCAUAAUGUGACUUCCACUCAUUUGGUUUUGUAAAACUUGUUCGCGUUUAUGAGUAAAAAGGUGGAGCUCAUUAGAUGGUUCAGUCAUUGUGAUUGUAACACUUUUAGCUUUGCAGUAGCAUUAAAAAAGUGUGUAGUUAAUCACUGCUUGAGCAUGACGGUCAUGUUCUGAACGGGUUUUGUGCAGGCAAUGUUUUUACCAUCAACAGAAAUAACCUGCAUCUACUCUUCAACCUUGAAAUUCCAUUGAAUUGGCUUUGGGAAAACAAUACACCUGUGAUGUAGUUUCCAACUAAAUGACUGUUACAGAUAGAAACAGAUUUUUGCUUAGGAUUUUAUUUGAGCUCUGAGGAGAAUAGGACCAUUAACAUCACUAAAAACCAACUGUAUUCUCUUUACUCUUGUAAUGUUAUGUAAUCCGUAUAUUUAUAUAUGUUUAUGUAUAAGCUCUCUUAACUUCAGAGGGGAUGUAUGUUCUUUCUACUUAAAAUGUGAAAUUUCCAGCAUUUUCUUUUUGUAUUGGCCACUCUUCAUAAUCCACAAAAUGACAAGUGAAUGUGAUAAAUGUGCAUGUGCAAUGUAUUACCUGUCACUGCCAAUGAUUUACGAUGCGUUCCACAGUGAAAUCGUGUCUUGGCUUUAAGGCAGACAUUACAAAUCAAACCACAAAUGCUCCUGUUAGAAUAAAUGGCCAAAUGUGAGUUGUUUACAUAUUUGUUUACUGGUUCCAUAUUUAUUCUUGUCAUAUUUAUGAAUA